AUGACUACUUUCUUAAGCCGUAACCACUCCCUCUCGGGAGGGGUCCAGGGCCCCAGAUGUGGAAGCCUGCUUGCCUUAGCUAGAUCUCAGCCGAUGCCAAAUGUCUUUGGGGGGAGUGGGGUCAUCACUGGUAGCUUCUUGUCCCUUCCUAAGGAUGGGCUGAUGAAGCGAUAUGGGCAGGAGACCAGCGUCCUGGAUAUGAACCAGAAAGGCACCAUGCAGAAUUUGAAAGACCGCCUCGCUGCCUACCUGGAAAAGGUGAAAUCCCUGGAAGAAUCUAACGAAGAGCUGGAACAACACAUUUGGGAGGCCUGCGCAAAACGAGCGUUGGCUGGGCUUCCUGACCUGAGUGGGUAUUUCAACACUGCCAGUGAGCUGAGGGCGAAGAUCCAAGAAGAAGCCUUGAGAAAUGCUGGGCUGCUUGUACAGAUUGAUCAUGCCAAAAUGGCUGCGGAUGAUUUCAGAAUGAAGCUGGAAUCGGAGCUGGCCAUGCACCUGUCUAUGGAGGGGGACCUUGGCGGCCUGCGCAAGGCGCUGGAGGAGUUCAAAAUGAGCCAAGCUAGUCUGCAGGUGCAAGUAGACAACCUCCAGGAGGAAUUGGCUUUUCUGAAGAGCAACCACCAGGAGGAAGUCUCCUCUCUCCAGGGAAGGCUGGGGGGCACCAUCAAUGUGGAGGUGGACUCCGUACCUGGCAUCGACCUGCAGAAAAUCCUGGCUGAGAUCCGCGACCAGUAUGAACAAGUCAUGGAGGAGAACCGCAGGGAAGCUGAGGCGUUGCACAAGGCUCAGUGUGAUGCCAUCAGCCAGGAGGUCGCGGUCAGCACUGAAGCCUUCCAGAUGGCUCAGAUGAAGAUCAUGGAGCUGAAGCAGCUGGCCCAGGCCUUGGAGAUCGAGCUCCAGUCCCUCCACAACAUGAAAGCUGCCCUGGAAAGUACCUUGGCUGAGACCAAAUCCCGCUAUGGCACGGAGCUGUCUCAGCUGCGUGACCUUGCCGCUGCCAGGGAGGUCGAGCUGAUGCAGCUGAGGUCCGAUGCCCAGAACCAGGCUGAAGACUACAAACGACUGAUGGACAUCAAGACCAGACUGGAGCAGGAGAUUGCCACCUACAGGUGUCUGCUUGAAGGAUCAGAGGCUGACCCACCACUCCUCCCAGAGCCUUCUGCAACCCGCCGGGUGAAGACCCUCAUCGAAGAGCUGGUGGAUGGCAAGGUGGUCUCCUCUCGUGUAGAGGAGGUGGAGCAGCAGCUCUGA